AUGACGGAUUCGCUUUAUAUGCUCUCCCAAGCAGCUAGUCGCCUUCGCCUAGGCAUCCCAUGUGUGCUUGCCGACGAAUGCCCUUGCCUUGGUGGCUCACACCGCGUCUUCAAGAUUGUCUUUGAAGACUCCGUACAAUGGGCUGCCCGAGUCAGCAACGAUCCAGAUAACUGGAAAGCCGAACUACGGGCUGUCAGACAGUUUCAACACAUCAAAAAGCAACGUCCGAAGAUCAAAGCACCUGACCUCUUCGUUGAAGAAGAGUACCCUGUAGUAUAUUCAGAGUGGGUCAGUGGCAAGCCUCUUGCAAUCUGGAAUUCCCGAAUCCCUUUGCUUAAACGCCAGAGGCUUCUGGAUGACUUGGCAGAAUUCUUAUUGCAACUAUGGACUACUCCUGUUCCUUCCACCUUUGCUCAAGAAAAAAGUUGCUUUUACUCCACAUGGCUCACUGAAAGUUUGGAUCGAGGACUUCGGCGAACCCUCAGAGGUACUGCUAGAUGGGGAAAUGCUAUCAACUACCUGAUUAUGCGGUCCAUGAUCCCGGAUUAUACCGCCGAGUAUGAUGAAUACUCUGGCAUUGGGUUUGCCCACGGAGACCUGAAUGCCUAUAAUAUUAUAAAAAGCGACGAUUUCCACUUGACAGGGGUCGUUGACUGGGAUUGGAUAUCUGUGGCGCCGCUGCCAGCUAUUAUUCAUCACCCUUAG